UACUGACCAGUUGAAUGGAAGGAACGUGGAAUCGAGCUGUAUUGUCACUCACGUUGUUUCUAUGCACGGUGAACGAUAUUUUUUUGUAAAUAUAUGACAAUAGCAGAUAGAAAUUGCAAAGUGAGAUACUCAGACAAAAUUAAAAAAAAAAAAACGAAAACAAAUAUGUGUAACGAAGGUAGCGGAACUUUUGUAACCAUCGAAUUCGGGGGUGGGGCGGAACUACUUUUCGACAAGAAAAAAAAACACGAGGUGAACUUACCUGGAAGCGAAUGGACCAUACAAAAGUUACUUUUUUGGCUAAAAGAUAACCUCUUGAAAGAACGACCGGAACUUUUCAUACAAGGAGAUACCGUGCGACCAGGAAUUUUGGUUCUCGUGAAUGACACUGAUUGGGAAUUGCUCGGCGAGGGCAAUUAUAAAAUAUGCUCCGGUGACACGAUACUGUUCAUAUCCACCUUACACGGAGGGUAA